AUGCGACACGACCCGGAAAGUGCCACCAAGUGCCACCAAGUGCCACCAAGUGUCACCAAGAGCCACAACCCCCCCGCGACACCCCCGGGCUUCCUGCCCGUGAUUCCGCUGCGGUGGCUCCGCUCUGAGCCGGGUCCCAACGCGGCGCUGGCAGGCUCCGAGGUUCAGGACCCGCUGGUGUCCUACGAGUCCCCGUCCCCUCCGUGCUCGCCCAUGCAAGAAAAGCUGGUGGUGGCCCUGUACAACUACGAGCCCAAGCACGACGGCGACCUGGGGCUGCGCAAGGGGGAGAAGCUGCGAGUGCUGGAGGAGAACGGCGAGUGGUGGAAGGCUCAGUCGCUCACCACGGGCCAGCAGGGGCUGAUCCCGCACAAUUUCGUGGCCGUGGCCAACAGCCUGGAGCCCGAGCCGUGGUUUUUCAAGAACAUCAGCCGCAAGGACGCGGAGCGGCAGCUGCUGGCGUCGGGAAACACGCACGGCUCCUUCCUCAUCCGCGAGAGCGAGACCUCCAAAGGUGCGGCCCGAGGGCACACCCUGGCUAGUGGCCGCUGCCCCGCGCUGGCCCAGCCCCGUUUCCCCCGCCCAGGCAGCUCCGACGGGCUGUGCUGCCGCCUGGGCAAGCCGUGCCGGACGCAGAAGCCGCAGAAGCCGUGGUGGCAGGACGAGUGGGAGGUGCCGCGGGAGUCGCUGAAGCUGGUGGAGAAGCUGGGAGCGGGGCAGUUCGGGGAGGUGUGGAUGGGUUUUUACAACGGGCACACCAAGGUGGCCGUGAAGAGCCUCAAGGCGGGCAGCAUGGCUCCCAGCGCGUUUUUGGCUGAAGCCAACCUGAUGAAGAAACUGCAGCACCCGCGGCUGGUGCGGCUCUACGCCGUGGUCACCAAGGAGCCCAUYUACAUCAUCACCGAGUUCAUGGAGAAGGGU